AUGGCGGGCAAAAAGCGUAAAGCGACGGAAGAGGGUGGAUCGGCGGUGAAGACGACCAAGAAGACCAAAACCACCCAUAUUGAUGAAGACUCCACCGAAUACCACUUUACACGCGACCUGGCUCCCGAUCUGGUUGACAACCUGGCUGCCAGGUCUGCCUGUCAAGCAGUCAUCAACACCACCGAGCUGCUUGAGCAAAUCUUGCUCCGGCUGCCCAUUACAACUCUCUAUGGCGUAAGCCGAGUCUGCCACCGAUUCUACGAUGUGAUGCAGAACUCCAAAGCGCUUCGACAGCGUAUGUGGCUGCAGAUGGAAGAUCUGCGCGAACUGAAUUGGAUCAUGCCGCCUCCUCCCUUGGCUGUGGGCCCGCGGGAGAUGUUCGAUGAGGGCACCGUGCAGAAGGACGACCCACUCGGAUUGGCCCGAAAGUUCAUGCCAGCGAAACUAAAUCCAUUGCUGGGCGUAUGGGGUGAUUCGUGGCAGACAUUUUACUCGCACGUGGCUCCCUUCGUCCCUUGCCACAACACAGCGAAAAGACUCCGAUCCAAUAACACCCCACCUCAACAAAAGUUGCCCUUCGAGGGCUACUACGAAGACCUCCUAGAUGCACCUCUGCACUCCAUAGCACCGCAAACAAAGACCCAACCCGCUCCACCUCCUCCCGAAGACCUCCCCAAAACAGAAGAAGAGGAGAAAAUCACCCGAGCACGCAUUGUCUUCGGCUCACGCCUUGCCGGCCCAGGCGAGCGCAAGAAAGAAAUCCGCGCCGCGAGCCAGAAUGUCGCGGGCAUCCUCGUUCCUCCCCGCCCGGAAGAACCGGAUAACUGCUGCAUGUCAGGCUGCGUGAAUUGCGUGUGGGACAUGUACCGUGACGAGCUGGAGGAGUGGGCGGAGCAGAGUUCAAAGGCGCGGGUGAAGUUGCAGCAGCAGAGACGAGAUUCUGGGAUGGCGGGCAAGGGGGAGAGUGACAUGCCGGGCCAUGUGGCUUCGAGUAUGGAUGAGGAUGGGGGUGGGAGUGAGGCUGGGUGGAAGGGGAUGGAGUCUUUUGGGGAGGGAGGGGCGGAUUUGUUCGCGGGCAUUCCGGUGGGGAUUCGGGAGUUUAUGAAGACGGAGAAGAUGUUGAAGGAGAGGCAUAAGAGGGAGCAGGCUGCCGCUGGGUGA